GGCGCGCGUGCCGCAAGCUCGUGUGGCUGCCCGGGCUGCUGCCGCUCAUCGCCCCCUGCCGGCUGCCCUUGCCGGUCUUCUCGCAGCACCGCUUUAGCUGCUGGAUUGCCCAGGCGCACUCCCGCUGCAAUGAAGACACAGAGGAAAGAGGGGGUGAGACUGAUGCAUCGCGGCCGACACCUGCCCGCUCACCGGCGGGGUGUGCAGUGGUGCCCAACUGCCCUCAAAGGACCCCUGAAAUCACUCCAACGUGCCUCGUCGUAGUUGGCCUCCACCAGGGCACCUCAGUUUGUGGUCGCCGCAGGGCAAGUCUGCUGCAAUCGGAGAUGGGCAGCAAAAGCAGAGGGCCCCAGGAGGUUACCUGUCCCUGCAGCGUGUUGAUCGUUCAGCGAGUGAUCAAGCGCGUCCAGUGGAUCCUUGUGGCCUCCCCUCCUUCUUCUGUGGUCGCCAGCUCAGACUGGCCCUCAUCGCAGCACUCAAGCCCCGUUGCUAUUGCCGCCCUGUUCUGAAAGCAUCCCGCAUUCGAUCCGUCCGUGUCGGAGCCCACACGCAGCCCAUCGCUCGAAACGAUACAAGUCGGGGUGCUCUGAGGCCAGCUGCAGCAAGGCCUUGAUGCUGCGGCUAGUAGCCCCAGUGGGCCUGAGCCUGGGAGCGCAACUGCCAGCAGCCUGGGCAGCAGCCACGUGCUUGGCAGCGAGAUGUAUGAGCAGCACUGGGCUCGCUCAGCCACUCGACGACCUGCCGCCUUAUGCCAGCAACCCCAAGUGGGAGCGCGUCGUGGCGGCCAAGGAAGAGGCGCUGCUGGGUGGCGGCCAGCACCGCAUCGACAAGCAGCAUGAGAAGGGCAAGCUGACCGCCCGGGAGCGGCUGCAGGUGCUGUUCGACCCUGGCAGCUUCCGCGAGGCGGGCGCCCUGGUGCAGCACCGCUGCCACGACUUUGGCAUGGAGCAGCAGCAGUUCUACGGCGACGGCGUGAUCACCGGCAGCGGCACCGUGUACGGCCGCCCCGUGUUUGCCUUCAGCCAAGACUUCACAGGCAAGCGACCUCCCUGCAUGGGCAGGCCUUCAGCUGCCGUGUUUGGCGGGUCGCUAUCAGAGUCGCAUGCCGCCAAGAUUUGCCGCCUCAUGGACCGUGCCGUGGCGGCAGGGGCUCCCAUUGUGGGCCUGAACGACAGCGGUGGAGCACGCAUUCAAGAGGGAGUCAUGUCGCUGGCUGGCUACGCCGAGGUCUUCCAGCGCAAUGUGGAUGCCUCUGGCGUGGUGCCGCAGCUGUCAAUGGUGAUGGGGCCUUGUGCCGGCGGCGCCGUCUACUCUCCCGCCCUCACAGAUUUCACGUUCAUGGCGAGUGCCGCCCUGCCGGGCUUGGGCAGCCUGCGUGACUGCUUGUGGCCGGGGCGGAGUCUUGUGCGGCACAGCAGCUACAUGUUUCUGACGGGUCCCGAGGUGGUGAAGAGUGUGACGAUGGAGGAGGUGACGCAGGAGCAGCUGGGGGGAGCCGCCACGCACACCAGCAAGUCUGGGGUGGCGCACGGCGCGUACGACAAUGAGCUGGAUGCGCUGGCAGGGCUGAGGGAGCUGCUCAGCUUCCUGCCGCUCUCCAACCGCGCCAGCCUACCGCGCAUCCCGGCCUCAGACCCAGCGGACCGCCUCUGCCCCUUCCUGGACUAUGUCGCAUAUGACAUGCUGAGCGUGGUGCAGCAGGUGGUGGAUGAUGGGCAGGUGUUUGAGAUCAUGCAGGAUUAUGCCAAGAACAUGAUUGUGGGCUUUGCGCGGAUGGACGGCCGCACCGUGGGCGUGGUUGCCAACCAGCCCGCGGUGCUGGCUGGCUGCCUGGACAUUGACGCAUCAGUCAAGGCCGCCCGCUUUGUGCGCUUCUGCGAUGCCUUCAACAUCCCGCUGCUCACCUUUGUGGACGUGCCGGGCUUCCUGCCAGGCACUGCACAAGAGUAUGGGGGCAUCAUACGGCACGGCGCCAAGCUGCUGUAUGCGUAUGCCGAGGCCAGUGUUCCCAAGCUGACCGUGAUCACCCGCAAGGCGUACGGUGGCGCAUAUGAUGUCAUGUCCAGCAAGCACCUGCGCAACGACAUCAACCUGUCCUGGCCCACAGGCCAGAUUGCGGUGAUGGGCAGCAAGGGCGCUGUGGAGAUCCUGUUCAGGGGCAAGGGUGAGGACAUGAAGCAGCAGGAGGCGGAGUACGAGGAAAAGUUCAACAACCCGUUCCAGGCGGCCAAGGUGGGGUAUAUCGAUGACAUACUAUUGCCCCGCCUGACGCGGCAGCGGCUGUGUGCGGAGCUGGAGACUCUGGCGGACAAGAAGGUGUGGCGCCCAGAGCGCAAGCACGGCAACAUCCCGCUCUGAAGGGUUUGGCACGGCGCGGUAGGUGACUGCCUAGCACCUGCGCCACACUGUGCUGUGCUCUGCGCUCGUGAUUGGAUCCCGCCGGUGUACAUUACUUCAUAAGUGUUUUCAGUUGAUGGAAUUCAUGCAAUAUGUAACAGGCACCAAUUGC